AUGGGGCUACAAGAAGUAGAAAUUAGGAGAGUUGAAGAAGCAGGAACGGGCUUUGCUGCGCCUCCGAGUUCCCCGACACUUCUGGAUGCUCUGCUGCAGAACCUGUACGACUCUGGAGAAACAGAAGAAACAGAAUAGAAGAUCAGAAAGAAAAGGGAACACAAGAAAAAAUAUGGGAGUACUGUAGCAUCCUUGGUAGUGGAGGAAGCUCCCCUACCCGGCUCGCUCCUAAGAAGCCAGAAGAAUGCCUCUAGCUUUUUCAAGGAACUCAGAGAAGAGCUGCACUGUGCUCCUGCUGUCACCUUUCCGACCCUGACCCUGACCCUAACCCUAACUCCCAUGAAGAAAACAAGGGAUCGAGUAGAAGUGAUAGGAUUUCACAGCAGACUUAAAAAAAGAAAGCUGAAACAAGAACAAGAGGAGAACACAAAGGCCAAAACUGGUGUCCUUGAGAAAGCUGUGGAUGUGCAAGAAUUUAAUCUAGAAAAGGCUCAUUUGGAAGUACACCGGUUUGGGAUCAUGGGUUAUGGAAAAGGAACAGAAAGAGUCCUGGGUCAGGAACGGGCCAUUAUGCUGGGUGCUAAACCUUCCAAAAAGAGUUAUGUGAAUUACAAGCUUUUGCAGGAACAAAUCAAAGAAAAACAGGCAGCAAAAGAAGAAGAAAAGAAAAUGCCCCAGGACACAGAUAUUAAAAAAAAAAAAAAAAAAGAGGAAAGGGCAAGAAGAAAGAAAUUCAAAAAGAAGUUGGCUCCCAGUAUUUUGUCAAGUGGACGGACUGGACAAGUUGGAAAAUUCACAAAUGGAACAUUGAUUCUGAGCCCAAGUGAUACCAAGAAAAUAAAUUCUUCAAGAGUAGCAAAAAGAGGGGCUGGCGCUGUGGUAUAGUGGGUUAAAGCUCUGGCCUGAAGCACUGGCAUCCCAUAUGGGCACCACUUUGA